CAAGCUUCGUACCUUUUUUUCAUUGGAUCAAUUUAUCUUUUCGUGUGUAGCGGGGCACUUGCUUUAGUCAAUUCUAAACUUUGCGCACCAAUUCAAUUCCAUCUCGGAUUUCUUUGCAACCAAUUCUUUUCUUCUCUUCGACAACUCGACAACCGAAUUCCAACACCGUCAUCAUGGUCAAGAAGAGAAAGAACAACGGCCGCAACAAGAAGGGCCGCGGCCACGUCAAGCCUAUCCGAUGCAGCAACUGCUCGCGAUGCACUCCCAAGGAUAAGGCGAUCAAGCGCUUCACCAUCCGAAACAUGGUCGAGUCUGCUGCUAUCCGUGAUAUCUCGGAUGCUUCCGUCUUCUCCGAGUACACAGUUCCCAAGAUGUACCUCAAGCUGCAGUACUGUGUCUCUUGCGCCAUUCACGGCAAGAUCGUCCGUGUCCGAUCACGAGUCGGUCGUCGCAACCGUGCCCCUCCCCCGCGUGUGCGCUACAACAAGGACGGCAAGAAGGUGACUCCCACUCAGACUGCCAAGGCUGCAUAAAUGCUUCUUUUCGGUGUCUUUAGGGAGUGAAUGGGUCAGGGAUGCGCCAGGUCAUCGGAAACGGUUUUGAUUGCAUGGUAAAAAAGGACUUCGGAAUGAUCCUUACAGAUAAUGACUUUUAACGAAUCGAGUCAUAUUUGCCACGACGUGAAUGAAUACUUUGCGUUGUUGACCCUAUAUUUGCGUCUUUGCCUUCGAAGUGACUGCUUAUUACCUACCCCGGCCCUUAUUUCUCGGCAACCGCUAGUCGAGAGCUGGACGUCUGAAUAUAGAUCUACACGUAGUUCAUAGACUUCCCAACUGAGACUGAGCAAUACUUAAUCAAUUCCAUUUAGCGAU